AUGCCACUUGAUCUAAGUUACGAUGAAAUUUGCGCAAAAUUCGAUCGGCUUAUCUCCCAUGGCAUCAUCAAUUACCAGCCCAACAAGCCAAUUCUUGUGGUGGAUGGCGGCAUGACCUUUUCCUUUCACCUGGUUGAAGCUCUCAAAACCAAGCCCCAGGCCGAGGACACCCCUGAAACCGACUCAAGCUUGACAGAUGGUGUCAAUACACAGCCCAUGUCCUUCGGUCUAGGCAGCGACAUUGCAAAUGAUCACCCUGAUAUUUGCAUCACCACGGUCAAUGAGACUCACUAUCUCAUCAUCAACAAAUUUCCUGUCUUCCGCCCCAUGCUGUUAUUGCUAACUGUGGACUCCUAUCGUCGGCAGCAUGAGCCUCUUGUCCUUGAAGACAUAGAAGCUGCGUGGAGUACGAUCUGUGAACUAAAGGAAGAACAUUAUGUUUUCUUUAAUUGCACAGUUAUAGCUGGGUCAAGUAGGGAGCAUAAGCAUUUACAAGUUGUCCCGGCGCCGGGCAAGCGGGAAGGGUACGAUGAAGGGUUCAAGUUAUUUCCAGACGAUGAUACGGUACCCCAGACGGGACCUUCUUUUGUGCAUUUUCUACAAAGAUUUGAAGACUUGCCCGAGGGCUGCGUGAAGAAUGGCGAACACCUGCUGGAUAUUUACCAGCGUCUAUUGCAACAAGCGAGAGAGGCGCUAGACUUACCGAAAGAAGACGUUCCUUGUCCCCAUAACUUCGUCUUCUCAAGGAGAUGGAUGAUCAUUAUUCCUCGACGGGCUAAGGAAUUCCACAGUAUCACGGCAAAUUCGGCCUCAAUGAUGGGAUCAAUUUAUAUCUGGAAUCAUGAUCAACUGAAUGCAUGGAAAGAAAUUGGUCCAAUGAAGGUCCUAGCAGGACUAGGGCUGCCAAGGGAGGGGUGGUGUUGA